AUGUCAUCAUCUUCAUACUCGAGCACUGCGUCGAGCACCUCGUUCUCGUCAUCGUCGUCAUCUUCGGGUCCGCCGCAGCCGGUGGCAGCUGCUGAACGGCGGCGGCGGCGGCGACCGAGUGGCAAGUCGUCGCGGCGAAAGGCCAAGGCGCAGCAGGAGAUGGGCAAGGUUGUGGACGGUGCUGACGAUGUGUGCGCCUGCCGGUGGGGUGACAACGCUUGCUGGGGCCUCGGUUGCUCGCCGUGCUGCGGUGAUGGUGAAAUCGAGCCCGAAGUCGCGGUCGAGUGCCUCGUCUGCUGGAUCUGCUGUGGCCCGUGCUCGACGUGCAAGCUCUUUGCGUCGUCGGUCAACCAGCCGUGUGCGGUUGGCAACCAUAUUGUUCCGGUUGCCUGCUGCUCGUGGUUUUUCCCGUUUAUCAUCCGCCACAACGUUCGCGUCAACGGCGGCCACGGCCACUCGGACAUGGCCAAGGGCUGCGUCGGCGACAUUGCCAUGCCGCUCUUCUGCCUGCCGUGCACCUUUUUCCAGAUCCUCCGCGAGCCUCUGCCAUGA